GCGGGCGAGCCGGCGUCGUUCUCGCGUGGCACAGCCGGGUGGUGCGGCGGCGGCAGCGGCAGCGAGAGCGGGCCGUGAGCGUCGGGCAGGCGUCGGCAGAAUGAAAGGGCCGCCGGGCGGCUCGGCGUCGGAGGUGAUCCGCGAGGGCGAGCUGGAGAAGCGCAGCGACAGCCUCUUCCAGCUGUGGAAGAAGAAGCAGGUGGUGCUGAGCAAGGAGAGCCUUUGCCUCUUCUCGCCCGAGGGCGGCGGCGGCGGCGGCAAGGCCCGCGCCAAGGAGCUGCGCUUCGGCUCCAUCCAGAAGGUGGACUGCGUGGAGCGCACCGGCAAGUACGUCUACUUCACCAUCGUCACCACGGACCGCAAGGAGAUCGACUUUCGGUGCCCGGGCGAGAGCUGCUGGAACGCCUCCAUCACCCUGGCGCUCAUCGACUUCCAGAACAAGCGCGCCAUCCAGGACUUCAAGAGCCGGCAGGAGGCCGUCGAGCAGGCGGCGGCGGGCAGUCGCGACAGGCGCCUGGCUCGGGCGCCCUGAGCCCCGCGCCCGGGCAGUCGCGCGAGCCAGCCUGGCUAAGACCAUGACCCUGGAACACAAACAAGAUUAAAUAACUUGGAUUGUGAUUUGAUUGCACUGGUGCAGGAAAUCAAUGAAGAAAAGCAAAGAAGGAGAACGGAAGUUGCUAGAUUUCUUCAGAUCAAAUGAAGCUGCUGAAUUGAACAGCUGAGCUUUCACUGAAAGGCAUUUGCAAACCAAAGACCCCUUCAAAAACCAAAGUUUGGUUGACGAAGCAAGAGGCCCAGCUUACAAACUGCUAUUUCCUUUUCUAUUUAUAAGAUGGAAAGACAAUUCUGCACCAUUUGGUGGGGGAAAAUAGUUUAAGUUAUUUGUAGUAGCUAUAUUUUAUAUUUUUGAUUAAUGUUUUUAAUAUUGCCUUUUGUGUUCAUAUGUCCAUACCAAGUAAACAAUGUUCAUUUUAUCUUCAUACCAAAAUGAAUCUCAUGGGCCUUGUAAUGCUCAGAAUAUUCUGACUUCUGAUUUUGGAGUAGUCUGAUAAAUGCAGUAUCUUACAGGCAUCAGACCUCUGAGAAAU